UAUAGUUGUACAUAAGCCGGCCGCGGGUCGCCUCACAACGAGUUUCGCGGCGACCGAGCUACGCACCACACGCUCCUCAUCCGACUCCUUAUUUAUACAUUAUUCACCACCACCAGCCGGGACGUGGAACGUGCCAGAGUUUGAGAGAUCAAUUGGUGCAAUCAUCUCGUUGAGCGUAAACAAACGGGGUGUAAAAUGGGGCCUUACUGGCUGCCGAUGCUAGGAUGCCUCUGCGUCCUGGCUAGUCCGGUCUUCUCUGCUGCGGUGCCCACUCCAGACACCAUGGUUGUGGCGAGAUCUGACAAUGGAGAAUCGAGCACAACGCCCACGCCUCCCACGACAGAGGUGGUGACAGAAGAACCGAGUCCUCCACUGAAACUGACGGAAAUGGAGGUGUCGUCAAACAUCGCGCUUCGUUACGCUCACACGGCCGUGGUCACCACGGUGCGGAACCCCGCGCACCGCUCACAAGAGGCCACCUUCAGGGUCUUGCUGCCGGAGACUGCCUUCAUCAGCGGAUUCACCAUGAUCCUCGAUGGCAAACCCUACAAAGCCUACGUUAAGGAGAAGGACGAAGCAAAACAAAUCUACAAUCAAGCGGUGUCAGCAGGAAUAGGUGCCGCGCAUAUCGCUACCAAGGCUCGCGACUCGAACCACUUCACGGUGUCCGUGAACGUAGAACCCAACACGGUGGCUGUAUUCAACCUGACGUACGAGGAGUUGUUGGUCCGGCGCAAUGGAGUGUACAACCACGCUAUCAACCUGCACCCGGGCGCGCUCGUGCCCAAGCUCACCGUCACGGUACACAUCAAGGAAGCGCAGAAGAUCACUGCACUCAGGGUGCCAGAAGUCAGGACUGGGAAUGAGAUCGAUGCCUCUCCCGAAGAUCCUCAAAACGCUAACGCAGUCAUAGAACGGGGCGAGAAAGCAAACGAAGCAACCAUAACAUUCAAGCCGGAUCUAAAAGAACAACAAAGAUUAAUUGAUAUUUACACGGAAAAAACUAAAGAAUCCCGCACCCCUUCGUAUUCGUACGGCUACGAUCAAGACGACGAUAAGUCUGAAACAGAAGGAGUUUUAGGACAAUUCGUGGUUCAAUACGACGUUGAUCGGCCUAAAAACGGUGAAAUAUUGGUAAACGACGGCUACUUCGUCCACUUCUACGCGCCGUCGGACCUGCCGCCAUUGAACAAGCACGUGGUGUUCGUGCUUGACACCUCGGGCUCUAUGAUGGACCGCAAGAUCGUGCAGCUUCGCGAGGCCAUGCAGACCAUCCUCGGGGAACUCAACCCUGGGGAUUACUUCAAUAUCGUCGAGUUCGCUUCGUCUGUGAUGGUCCACGAACUGAAAGAAGCCGACGCUGAGCCCACAUCGCCACACAACCAGUACUUGUCGUUCACUUUCUCGGAGUACAACAAGCCGGCGCGCCUCGUGCCGCCCUCGCCCGCUACGCCUAUGAACGUAGCCAAGGCCAAAGUCAUCGUCAGCAGGCUCCAGGCUGCUGGUGGAACCAACAUCUACAGCGCGUUGGACGUGGCGGUCGAACUGAUCAACAAAGGCAUCGGCUGGACGCUGCCCACUAAUUCCUCCGCUAAGGGCACGACGGAAUCCCCUGUUACGGGCUCCCCUGUCGAGGAAAAGGCCACCACUGAAGUCCAAAAGACAGGAGGCGAAAACACUGAAGAAACUCCUAAACUAGAGCCGAUCAUAAUAUUCUUGACUGACGGCGACCCAACCGUGGGAGAGACUGACCCCACUCGCAUCAUCAACCACCUUACCGAGAAGAACUCCGGCGUUAACAGGGCUACUAUAUUUUCUCUUGCAUUUGGUGAGGAUGCAGACCGCAAGUUCCUGCGCAAGCUAUCUCUACGCAACGACGGGUUCAUGAGACACAUCUAUGAAGCGGCCGACGCGGCGUUGCAGCUGCGUGACUUCUACCGCCAGGUGGCGUCGCCGCUGCUCGCCGAUGUCAAGUUCGCCUACCCGAAGAAACAGGUGAAAGCGGAGUCGCUGACGAAGCACCAGUUCCGGCGCUACUACUUGGGCUCUGAAAGCGUGGUGGCGGGCCUCGUGGAGCCCGAAGUCACCGAGCUCACGCCCACCGUCGGCGCUUUCUGCGGGAACGACCAGCUGGGACGAAAAUACAUGGAAAUCGUGCCGAAGGCGCCGGUGCCGCUGCUGAAGGAGCACUACCUGCCGCUGGAGCGCCUGUGGGCCUUCCUCACCGUGCGCCAGCUGCUGGACGAGCGCGACGCGCGCGACGCCGACGACAAGCUGCCCGCGCCCGACAAGAGGGCGCUCGACAUCGCGCUCAAGUACUCAUUCGUGACGCCACUCACUUCUCUGGUGGUGGUCAAGCCGAACGCGACUGACGCCAUCGACGCCGAGUCCGUCCACAAACAGAAUCAAGAUGUCGGUUACAGUUCAUUGCUGUCGGCCAACUACGCCAGCUUCGCGGCGCGGCCUAUGUUCAGCUCGGUUGGAUUCGCGGGGGCUCCUGUCAGGACAUCGUUGUCGUCGACCAAAUCGACUUACCGAGGCCUGCCUCAAGCCCAGUAUAGUAGUUUCUCACGUCUUCCAAUUCCGAUGAAUGCGUUUGGAUUGCAAAUGUACCGUCAAACAGGAGCAGCUGAUAUGGCAGAUACCCUAGAUGCAGGUGCGCCAGUCAGCACGACUUUGCUAGUGGCGCCGAGCACGCCGGCCGCGCUCACCAGCGCGCCCACCACGGCGGCCGCAGACCCUCUGGAGAAGUACCACCUCUCAGAUUUUGUGUGGGUAUCGCUGCUGCUGCGCCCCGGCGAAGACGCUAUCCAUCUGAAAACCAACACGACAGAUGAGACGUUGAAACUCUCUAAAGACGAUGUCGCGCCGAAGCCAGCGAGCGGGACCGACGCCGAGUGCUCGAACGCGCUGGCGGGCACGGGCGCAGGCUCGUGCGUGUACUUAACGCGCUGCGACGCGGCGCGCGCCAUUGCCACCGCCCAAUACCUCGGCUCGUACUGCAGCGUCGACGGAUUCGCUGGAGUGUGCUGUCCGAAAGCUAGUGUCGAUGUGGGAAAAACUGAUUAAUUCGCCUGGACUUGUUACGAUAUUACUGUGGUUUAUUAUAAACCAUUCAAGUGAUUUUAGCCUUAUAUGACUGACUCCACUACAAUUAGUUGUUGUGACGAAAUGUGAUAGGACUUCUUUAUUUUUGGUGCUAGAAGAAAUAAUGUGCAGUGCCAUGAACAGUUUGUUUGCAAACUGAUGAAACAAAAUGUAUGAAUUUUUAGGGUAAAAUAUUUUUGAUAUGUCAAUAAAUAAAAGUAUUGAGUUUU